UUGGUGUCCAUGAAAAUGGAUAAGGGGCAGGUAGAUGUGGACGAUGAUACACUGAACUCUCAUCGCCAUUACCAUUCUCCGAGUUUCCUUUUACAAUUUCUUCUUCCUCUGAACUCUCUGAAAAUGGCGUCAGCCUCUGCAUUUACAAUUUCCCCAUCUUUCCCAACCUCAAGCUGCCACAAACCUAAGAGGAAACAAAUGUCUUCCUCAGCUAUCUUCUGUCAAAAGGGUUCUCAGCUCAGGAGGGAGAUUUUGAAAGGAUUCACUCUCCUUCCUCUUUCCCUCCCUCUUUUAAAUCCACUUCCUUCUGUAUCCAAAGAGAUCGAAGUUGGCUCAUAUCUCCCUCCCUCACAGUCUGACCCUUCUUUUGUGUUCUUCAAAGCUUCCCCCUCUGACACCCCGGCUCUUCGUGCAGGAAAUGUGCAACCAUACCAGUUUAUUCUGCCCCCAACUUGGAAACAAACGCGAGUAGCUAACAUUUUAUCUGGUAAUUACUGUCAACCCAAGUGUGCAGAGCCUUGGGUGGAGGUGAAAUUUGAAGAUGACAAACAAGGGAAAAUCCAGGUAGUGGCUUCCCCUUUGAUACGUCUGACUAAUAAGCCUAAUGCUACAAUUGAAGACAUAGGUAGUCCUGAGAAGGUAAUUGCUUCUCUUGGCCCUUUUGUUACUGGAAGUACAUAUGAUCCCGAAGAGCUCCUCGAAUCAUCAGUCGAGAAACUUGGUGAUCAGACGUAUUACAAAUACACACUGGAGACUCCUUAUGCUUUGACGGGUACACACAAUCUGGCUAAGGCAACAGCGAAAGGGAGCACAGUUGUGUUAUUUGUGGCUAGUGCCAAUGAUAAACAGUGGCAGUCUUCUGAGAAAGUUUUGAGAACCAUGCUUGAUUCUUUUCAGCUCUAAUUCCUUAACGCAGCUUGUAUUUGGUAAUAUUUAAUAUAUGUUUCUAUCUUCACAUAUGCUGAAGCAUAAUCAGAGUGUUCUUCAACAUUCCUGUUGCACCAUAGCAUUCUUUAGCUUUCUUUAAUGGGUGAUUAUUUAUUUUUGGGUGAUGAUUGAGUCAUGAUUUAAUGGACUUUACAGACCUGAAUUUGAAGUUGUCUGACAAAGAGCUGGACAUUGUAUUUUGGGCUAUUAUUUAAUCUAUUCUCUCUCGCUCUCUUUCCUCCAAUUUAUUUCCUUACUCACAUAUCGCUCUCCUCUUUCUCAUUGUCUCGCUAUCUCAUUCUCUCUCACUCUCUCUUUUUCUCGCUCUCUGUCCUGGAUCUCGUUUUGCAACCCAACGAAAAGAGGAGAGAAGAAGUUGGCCAAAGAAGAAAAGCUUAGUCUCCUGAAGAAGAAUGCCUCAUUGAAGCUAAUCACGUGGUCUCGUUGGAGAAGAAGGAUGAGGAGGAAAGCCAUAGAGGAGGAAAAAAAAGCAACAAAAAAGAAAGGAAAAAGAAAAAGGAAAAAAUUAAAGAUAAUUUUGUAAAGUUGCUUGAUGAUGUAAGCAAACGGUCAAAAUUAUUAAGUUUUAAGAAAGGGGCAAAAA